CACCGAGCGAAGCGGAGCGAGCAGCGAAUCAACCGAAGCGAACGUAGCGAGCGUCAAAGACAGACUCUGUUCGAUAGUUGCGUCAGGUGAAAGUAAGAAGUAUCUCGGCAAAGAAUAUUCGAUCAAAGAAAUUGAAGCUCUGUCACCCAAAGACCAAGAGAAGCUUUUCAAUUUGUACGAAGUUAAAUUUGGCAAAGACAUCGUUAAAACUCUAGGUAACGCUAUUUUGAGCCUCUACUCUCGCUUACUCGGUAUAGCUACUCCGAUCGAUCUACUCGGGUUCAACGUCAACUUAACGUCUGAAGAAGCGCUGACCAAAGACCUAAACGACGACCCGAUUAUCAGUCAAACGAUGGGACACCUACUCACUGAGGUUUGUUAUAAGUACGGUGUGUACUUGUCACCACUUACAGCCGCGUUGAUUACCACUAAGCAUCUAGAAUUCAACAAAAGCUCUGUUAUAUUAAAAGAGGAUGUCAACAACAACAACAAACGAAGCGAACCCGACACCAGCGAACAACGAAGUGACGAGCGAAGCGAGUGUUACUCCGGUCAAGACGAGCCAAGGUCACGAGUUCAGGUCGGGCAAGUCUCGACUUGUAACAAGGGGAAAUCCCUUUUUGUUUGUGAGCGAUUGCUGGUGCAGGUCGGUGCCAGUCACGAGUUGUUUACAGCCGGGGUCAAAUGUUCAAGAUCAGUGAAGUGGAAAUCCCCGGCGCUAGUCACGAGUUGCUUACAGGAAAAGUGGCGUCAAAAGCUCGUCUCAAGCCAGAGGCACAAACUUCAAGGGCACAGAGUGUCGAGGGGAUAAGAACAC